AAAGUCGACGAAGCUUCAAUUGCCAGUUUUGUGCAAACAAAUCUGCUCCAAAAAUCGAAAGGGAGGGUGGCGAUAGGAGCGGCGAUUUUCUUUUAUUUUUCCGUUGUUUUUGAUUUGGAAACGAGAUGUUGGAGAAGAUCGGAUUGCCGGCGAAGCCAUCGCUGAGAGGGAAUAACUGGGUGGUUGAUGCUACACAUUGCCAGGGAUGUUCCUCUCAGUUCACCUUCAUCAAUCGCAAGCACCACUGCCGAAGGUGUGGGGGCAUUUUUUGCAACAGUUGUACCCAGCAAAGGAUGGUAUUACGUGGACAAGGUGAUUCACCUGUGCGUAUUUGUGAACCCUGUAAAAAACUAGAAGAAGCAGCACGUUUUGAGUUGCGGUAUGGACACAAAAAUAGGGCUGCAAAAGGUAGUUCAAAACUAACUUUAAAACAUGAGGAUGAAGUUUUGAACCAGAUUCUAGGAAGUGAUGAAACGGAGUCCUCUUCAUCUGGGCAAGCUUCCAAAAAUCACUCUUCUGAUGAUAUGCAGAAUGAGAUGACAUCUGCUAGUCCUGAGGAAUUGCAUCAGCGUGCGUUGGAUGAAAAGAAAAAAUAUAAAAUUCUAAAAGGAGAAGGGAAGCCCGAGGAAGCUCUAAGAGCCUUUAAAAGAGGGAAGGAGCUCGAGAGGCAGGCUAAUGCUUUGGAGAUAUCUAUGAGAAAAAACCGUAAAAAGGUUUUGCAAUCUGGAAGCAUAGGUGAUAUCCUAGGUGAAGAUGCUCCUAGUGGAUCUGGCAGAAAAAAUAACCUUCCUCGUCAAGUAGGCAAAGACAAGGAUGACCUUGCUGCUGAACUCAGGGAACUGGGUUGGUCAGAUAUGGAUUUUCGCAAUGAUGAUAAAAAAGCUGCUGGUAUGAGUUUGGAGGGUGAGCUUUCUUCUCUUCUUGGAGAAAUUCCUAGGAAGACUGAUACUCAUGGAACUGACAAAACUGAAGUUGUUGCUCUUAAGAAAAAGGCUCUUAUGUUGAAGCGUGAAGGGAAACUUGCUGAAGCAAAGGAGGAAUUGAAGAGAGCUAAGGUUUUAGAGAAGCAGCUUGAAGAACAAGAACUGUUAGCGGGGGCUGAAGAUUCUGAUGAUGAGCUUUCUGCAAUAAUUCGCAGUAUGGACAAUGAUAAACAAGACGAAAUGUUGAUUCAGCUUGACCAUUCAGAGAAAUUUGACUUCAAUCACCUUGCUGGAACUACUGAUGAUAUUGUUAUUGAUGGUAAUUUUGAAGUGACAGAGGAAGAUAUGGAGGACCCAGAAUUAGCUACAGCCCUGAAAUCACUGGGAUGGACUGAGGAUUCUAGUCAUGCUGAAAUCAUUGUGCCUCAAUCGGCUCUUGUUGACAGGGAAGCACUAUCCAGUGAAAUCCUUUCAUUAAAAAGAGAAGCUCUUAACCAAAAGCGUGCAGGUAAUGUAUCAGAGGCGAUGGCUCAACUAAAGAAGGCAAAGUUACUUGAGAGGGACCUUGAAAACUUCGAUUCUCAAUUAGAUGGAACAACUUCUCAAACUGCUGAUAGACCAUUGGGGUCAGUGAAGGCUGGUGAGGAGAAUGUUAGUUCUACGAGGGACAUGGAUCUGGAACCUGCACCAAAGAGCAGAUUAAUGAUUCAAAAAGAGCUUCUGGGUUUGAAGAAGAAGGCCCUUGCUCUAAGAAGGGAAGGAAGAGUGGAUGAAGCAGAGGAAGAAUUAAAGAAAGGAAUGUUUCUUGAGCAUCAACUUGAAGAGAUGGAUAAUGGUUUGAACAGGAAAACUAAGCAAGCAACUGGUGGUAGUAAAGAUAUGGAUUUGGCACAUGACCAACUUAACAUAUCUGGAAAUCUGUCAGAAAGAGAAGAAAAAGACGUUACAGAUCAAGAUAUGCAAGAUCCUACAUAUCUUUCAAUUCUAAGGAACAUAGGAUGGAAUGACGAGGAUAAUGGGCUUUCAGACUCUUCUGUAAAACAGUCUAAGCAAAUAGAUUCUGUGCAAAUAAGUGAACCUUCUAUUACACAGGCCAUUCCUAAAAUCCAAGCUAAGGCAUCAAGAAGAACAAAAGCCGAAAUUCAGAGGGAACUAUUAGGCUUGAAGAGAAAGGCUCUUGCUGUCAGGCGCCAAGGGAAUACUGAUGAGGCAGAGGAACUAUUGGAAAAGGCAAAAGCCCUAGAAGCUGAGAUGGAAGACAUAGAAGCCCCAAAGAAAGUGGUUGAGUCUAAUUGUCCCAAGGAAAAAAUUUCUGAACCCACUCUUACAGAUGCAGUGGAUGGAGGAAGUGCAGGGGAUGUUACAGAAAAUGAUAUGAAUGAUCCUAUGCUACUUUCAGUGCUAAAGAACUUAGGGUGGAAGGAUGAAGAACCUCUGAUCAUGCAUGCAAGGCCUUCUGAAGAAGCUGUUGGUAGUCAAUCCUCUCCAGGCAUUUCAGCUGCAGCCCCAAGAAAAAAAGGAGAAAUUCAAAGAGAACUUUUGAGUUUGAAAAGAAAGGCCUUUGCUCUUAGACGGAAUGGCCAAUCUGAAGAGGCUGAGGAAGUGCUGAAAAUGGCAAAGGUACUAGAAACCCAAAUGGUAGAAUCAGAAAACCCAACCCCUGCAGAAGAUCUUAGAAGUGAAGACAUGGUUACAACUGGAGAAAGUGAAGUCGUUAAUUCAGUACAGAAGUCACAAAAUUUGGAAGGAAAUUUUCAGGAGUUUGCUUCUUUGAACAAGCAGGACUCUCUUAGGCAAGACAUUCUUUUGCAUAAGAGGAGGGCAGUUACUUUAAAAAGGGAAGGCAAAUUAUCAGAGGCUCGGGAGGAGCUUCGGCAGGCAAAGCUGCUGGAAAAGAGCCUGGCUGAAGAUGAGGUUCUGCCAAGAACUGGUACAAAUGACAUCUCCACUGUUUGCCCUGAUGGAGAGGAGCACAGUGCUUCAAAUUUGGGUCCAAAAAAAUUGUCUGGGCGUGAUCGAUUCAAGUUGCAGCAGGAAUCCCUUAGUCAUAAACGUCAGGCUUUGAAGCUGCGGAGGGAAGGUCGGAUACAAGAAGCAGAAGCUGAGUUUGAAUUAGCCAAGGCUCUUGAAGGACAAUUAGAGGAGUUGACUGCUGCUGAUUCAACAAAGUCUUCUGACUCAGCAGAUGACGUAGUUGUUGAUGAUCUUCUCGAUCCUCAACUGUUGUCUGCCCUGAAAGCCAUUGGAUUGGAUGCUGGUAGCGUUGUGUCUCAAGUUCCAGAAAGACCAGUUCCUGUAAAAGAUAGUGCUGUCCAGAGUGAAAACAUUAGCCAAGAGAGAAUGCAAUUGGAAGAGCGGAUUAAAGCAGAGAAGAUGAAGGCAGUAAAUUUGAAAAGGUCUGGUAAACAAGCAGAGGCUUUGGAUGCUCUUAGAAGGGCUAAACUGUUUGAGAAGAAGCUGAAUUCCUUGACUUAAUAGUUACUUUGAAGUAAGAUUAUUUUCCAUUGGAAAAUCUUCCUGUGGUAGAAUUUCUGGUUCUACCGUUGAGGUAACUAUAGAAGAAGAGUUUUAGAGAUAAAGAUGAUGAUUUUACUCCAUCCUAAAUUCUUCGACAUCUUAAUUUAUAAAUGGAUUUGUCGUUGAUUAUAUUCUUGUUGUAAUUUCUGUAUUAUCUACAGAAACUGAAUGUCUUUGGUGAGACGAGUUGUGCAUACGAGUAUGGAAAUAUGCACCUGUGCAAAUCCCUUGUGCUUAAAUUCUCGAGCUCACUUGGGCUUGGUUUGGUAUUGUUAUGGUGCUUGGUGGUGUUGUGCUGUCACUAAAAGUAUUUUAACAUUUGGUAAUUAUAUAUAAAAAAUGCUGCCUAUU